AUGGGUAAAUCACACGGUUACAGAUCAGGUACUCGUUACGCUUUCCAACGUGACUUCAAAAAACAUGGAGCCAUCCCAUUGUCAACCUACUUAAAGGUUUACAAAGUUGGUGACAUUGUUGACAUCAAAGCCAAUGGUGCUGUUCAAAAGGGUAUGCCACACAAAUACUACCACGGUAAGACCGGUAUUGUUUUCAACGUUACCAAAUCUUCUGUAGGUGUCAUUAUCAACAAGGUUGUUGGAAACAGAUACAUUGAAAAGAGAGUAAACUUGAGAGUUGAACACGUAAAGCACUCCGCUUGUCGUCAAGAAUUCUUGGACAGAGUUAAGUCAAAUGCUGCUAAAAAGAGAGAAGCCAAGGCUAAAGGUGAAUACGUUAACUUGAAGAGAGAUGCUGCUAAACCAAGAGGAGCUACUGUUGUUUCAGCUAAAGAAAACAUUCCACAAACAUUGGCCCCAGUUCCAUACGAAACCUUUAUCUAA